GGGUCCUUUUCCCUCCGGACCGGCCACAUCAGCUGAAGCGGCCUGAGUCGUGUCCCCGUGUUGGACCCCGUAUUUCGGAGUUUGAGCCCUCGCUCAGGUGCGCAAGUGUACGCGUCCGUGCGGCCCCUGCGUUGCGGAUCUCCCCUCACCCCGGCCAGCCCGACCCAGGACCCGGUGACCGGCGGAACCAGGUUCCAUUUCGGUUGCCAAUCAGCAGCAGCAUUUAGCAGCACGUGUGGACGUCAGCCUCGUCUCUGCAUGUCCCUGUCUUGAGCCAGCCUCUCGCCGUCAUGUCCGCUCCGCAGCCGCCCCAACCGCAACAACCGCAGCCGCUCAAGCGGUGCAUCGUCAAGCAGGUGCUCUCGGGUGACACCGUAGUGAUCCGCGGGCAGCCGCGUGGAGGUCCUCCCCCCGAGAAGACCAUCUACAUCUCAAACAUCACUGCGCCUAAGCUUGCCAAGCGUCCCACUGAAACAGUUACCGAGACACGAGAUGAGCCCUUUGCUUGGGAGGCCCGUGAAUUCUUGAGGAAGAAACUGGUUGGCCAGGAGGUUGUCUUCUCUGUCGAGUACAGCGUCAACGACAGGGAUUACGUCACACUCUACCUAGGCAAAGAUGCAAGCGGCGAAAAUAUGGCCGAGUCCCUGGUGCGCGCAGGCCUUGUCGACGUGCGUACUGGCGGCAAAGGAGAGGCGCAGCAGCGCCUGCGGGAACUGCACGAGGAAGCGCAGGCGGCAGGCCGAGGAAAACACGGCCCAGACGCAGCAGCGCACGUGCGCGACGUCAAAUGGACGUUGCGUGACGGCGAGGACCCGCGCACCUUUGCCGACCGAAUGGGCAAGAAGCCCGUGCCCGCAGUUGUCGAACACGUGCGGGACGGCUCCACCGUGCGUGUGUUGCUGCUACCGGACUACCACUACAUCACGCUCAUGCUGUCGGGCAUCCGGUGUCCGUCUUCACGUCCUGGGGAGCCAGAGUCCCAGUACUCGGAGGAAGCCAAGUACUUCACCGAGUCGAGACUACUGCAACGGGACGUCGAGGUAGUCCUAGAGGGUGCCACCAACCAGAACUUCUUUGGCACGGUGCUGCAUCCCAAUGGCAACAUCGCCGAGCACCUGCUGAGAGCGGGAUUUGCCCGCUGCGUCGACUGGAGCCUCGCCUCGGUCACUGGUGGAGCGGAUCGCCUGCGAGCCGCCGAGAAGGAGGCCAAGGAGAAGCGGUUGCGGCUCUGGAAGGACUACACACCCACAGGCAUCCCCAUUGACGCCAAGGAGCAGCGAUUUGAAGGAAAGGUCAUGGAGGUCAUCAACGCCGACGCACUUGUGGUGAAGGUUGGCGACAAUGAGCUGCGCAAGAUCUUCCUCUCCAGCAUACGGCCACCAAAGCGUGCCGAGGAGGCGAAGGAACAAGCACCGGGUGGUGGCGGAGGCGGCAAGGAGCGCAACUUCCGGCCCCUCUACGACAUCCCAUUCAUGUAUGAGGCACGAGAGUUCCUCCGCAAGAAGCUCAUCGGCAAGCAGGUGCAGGUCUGCAUCGACUACAAGCAGCCGGCGUCCAAUUCCUUCCCUGAGAAGACCUGCUGCACGGUCACAAUUGGUGGAAUGGCGUUUCAGGAGGAAGUGUCGGGUGAGCCGCAGCUGCAGCUCAAUGUGGAGUACCGCGUGGGCGGCCAGGAGUACGUCACGCUGCUCAACUCGUCGGGCAACGACGUUGGCAAGACUCUGCUGCAGGAGGGCUGGGUGUUGCUGGAGGAGCGCCGCGACCGGCACCUCCAGGAGCUGCUCCAGGAGUACACGGCUGCCAGGGACUCGGCUAAGGCCAAGAGGCUGAACCUCUGGUGCUACGGCGACGUAACGGAGGACGACUCCAAGGAGUUUGGCUGGGGCCGCUGAGGAGGACCUGUCGCCGCAAAGUCAACUUCUGCCUUGCGCACGCACACACCUCAGGCCCGUGGUGUGGGUGGGUUGGGGAGGGGGAGAGGGGUUCAGGUUGUUGUUGGUGGUGGAGGAGUGAGGAGCAGCUCUCCGCCCGUUGUCAAGGAGGUCCGUCGCGGCGGAGGCGGGGCACUCCGGCUGAAGCACGGGGGAGAGAGGGGUGCAGCCUCCUCGCCUCAUUUUAUCGUGAAGACUCUCGAGAACACUCGCCCGGGAGGGGAGGUGCACUGCUCGCCAUGCUCGACAUGUGUCUGUCUCGCUCUUGGUUUUUUUUUUUUUGUCUUCCUUGCAUCACUCAAAUGUCGGGCAGUGUGCCAGCCGUUAUUACCCCCUUGUACAGAGAGCUUGGGAUUGUUAAGCACAGAACAGAACUUUCGCCACCCGUAGAAGUCGCACUUGCUCUCACUACAUCUCUUUACACAAUGUGGAGCAAAAGGCUUCCAGAUGAUGUAAUCAAUAUCACGUUAAUGCAUCGUUGAGUGUGUGGUGGUCUCCCGAUCUUUGCGGAUUUCAUGGAACAGCCUGGACACAAAGCGCUACAACAGGGUCGGCUGAAUGUCCUGGCUGUACCAGACAGCGUCGCUGGACUGUGUGCUGUGUUGGCUAAUAUAUACAUGCAAGUAUGACAUAAGUGGCAGUGACUUAUUUAGUCUUUUCGGCGCUGGCUUUUGAUUGGCCCAUGGGCUUCCUGCUUGAACCAUCUACAAAGCGCCAGUUUUGGAGCAAGUAUUUUUUUUUUUCUGGUAGUCUGGCAAAAAUCACGGCUCCUCUUGCUCUGUUUUAGUAGGCUUUGAAAAGGCCUGACCUCACAUGGUGCGGUCUCCACAGUGAAAAAGUGGCUUUUGACAUUAAAGAAAUGGCUGCCCUAUGAGCGGUACAGACGGUUAUAUUAUGAUGCCUGUCUCUUCUUUUUCAUAGAUCUUUUUUAAUAUUAUGAUUGUUGUUGCCAUUCGCGCAUAUAUUGGUUGAACUUAUACCUGACAAUGAAACAUUGCCCCCUCUUUUUCUUUCUUUUUUUUGUAAUAAAGGAGUUGACUUUGA